UAACACCUUUUCGGCAGUCAUGAACCAAACACCAGCCACUGCUGAGCCACCCAGCAACAGGCCUGAAAGAAAGGCCAUUGUCUUAGAUGUUCCUGACAUCAUUGUUGUUGUUUCUUAUUUCGCCUUUGUUCUUGCUGUUGGAAUAUGGUCAUCUAUUCGAGCCAGUCGAGGAACAGUCGGGGGCUAUUUCUUGGCUGGAAGAUCCAUGACAUGGUGGCCUAUUGGAGCAUCUUUGAUGUCAAGCAAUGUGGGGAGUGGACUUUUUAUCGGUCUAGCAGGAACAGGUGCUGCAGGAGGCCUUGCUGUUGGAGGCUUUGAGUGGAACGCCACCUGGGCAUUAUUGGUCCUCGGUUGGAUCUUUGUGCCAGUUUACAUCUCUUCUGGAGUAAUCACCAUGCCUGAAUAUCUGAAGAAAAGAUUUGGAGGGCAGAGGAUUCAGAUCUACCUGUCUAUACUGUCCCUUAUUCUGUACAUAUUCACCAAAAUAUCAACAGAUAUUUUCUCUGGCGCACUUUUCAUUCAAGUCUCCCUGGGUUGGGAUCUUUACCUCUCUACAGUCAUCUUGUUAGCAGUGACUGCUGUCUACACUAUAGCAGGUGGUUUAACUGCAGUAAUAUACACAGAUGCUCUGCAAACUGUGAUCAUGGUGGCUGGAGCUUUGAUUCUUAUGUUUAUAGGCUUUGAAAAGGUUGGAUGGUAUGAAGGACUGCAAGAGAAGUAUAGCAGAGCAAUACCUAGUACCAUUAUCCCAAAUACAACCUGUCAUUUACCACGGGAAGAUGCUUUUCAUCUAAUGAGAGAUCCUGUCACAGGGGAUAUUCCCUGGCCUGGGCUUGUGUUUGGCCUUUCAGUGCUUGCUCUUUGGUGCUGGUGCACUGAUCAGGUAAUUGUACAGAGGUCGCUCUCAGCCAAGAACCUUUCUCAUGCUAAAGGAGGAUCAGUGCUGGGUGGAUAUUUGAAAAUCUUCCCAAUGUUUUUCAUUGUUAUGCCGGGCAUGAUCAGCAGAGCUCUCUUCCCAGAUGAGGUGGGCUGUGUAGACCCAGAAAUCUGUGAGGACAUCUGUGGAGCUAAAGUGGGCUGUUCAAACAUUGCUUACCCUAAGCUGGUGAUGGAACUCAUGCCUGUAGGCCUCCGUGGUUUGAUGAUUGCUGUGAUGAUGGCUGCCUUGAUGAGUUCUCUCACCUCAAUAUUCAACAGCAGCAGCACACUUUUUGCCAUUGAUAUCUGGCAGCGACUCCGUAAGAAGGCCACUGAGCAGGAACUCAUGAUUGUUGGCAGGGUGUUUGUUCUAAUCCUUGUUGCCAUUAGCAUUCUCUGGAUCCCUAUCAUCCAGACAGCCAACAGUGGUCAGCUCUUUGACUACAUUCAGUCAAUAACCAGUUACCUAGCGCCACCCAUCACUGCACUCUUCAUCCUAGCAAUCUUCUGCAAGAGGAUCAAUGAGCCAGGUGCUUUUUGGGGUCUGGUGUUUGGUUUAGUUGUCGGUAUUGUUCGAAUGGUUAUGGAGUUUAUCUACAUGACACCUUCUUGUGGUGAGGAAGACCAAAGGCCAGCUGUGAUGAAAAAUGUCCACUAUCUAUACUUUGCUAUCAUCCUGUGUGUACUCACAGCAGCUGUUAUUAUCUUUGUUAGCCUUUGCACACCACCAAUUCCAGAGAAAAAUCUUGACCGGUUAACUUGGUGGACUAGGCACAGCAAAACACCUCAACAUGAUGUGGAGGACCACAUCUGCCAAAGUGCAAGAAUGACUUCCACCAAAAGAGAGAAUGGUUUGGAUACCAUGAAGACAGAGAAUGGCGAUUUAGUGUAUACAGACCACAGUGAAGUGGAGCUUCCUUGCUGGAAGAAAGUAUAUUUUUGGUUCUGUGGGAUUUCUGACACGCCCAAACCUACUUUAACCAUGGAGGAGGAAGCAGCCCUUGAAAAGAAGCUUACCAGCAUCAAGGAAGAACCUCUAUGGAAAGCUCUUUGUAAUGUCAAUGCUCUAGUUCUCUUAGCUAUCAAUAUUUUCUUAUGGGGUUACUUUGGGUGAGUCCAUGUUUCUGAGAAAACUCACAAGUAUUUAUUGGACUUAGGUUUAUUUAGAACAAAGACAAAUAUUGACUAAACAGAAGGGAUUCAUCUCAAGAAAACAAAUUCCAAAUACUUGUUCAAGCAUGGGUCCACAGAGGAGCUUUGCGCAGACCCCCCUCUCUCAUAAAUCAGAUGAGAAACAACAUGAUCUACCUCAAAAAGCUAAUUUAAAAAUCAAACCAAAUAAAAUAAAACAAUUUAUAUAUCAAAAGUGGUCCAUAAAUAUUUCUUGUUCAUCUGUAAAAUUCUUUCAAAUCUGAUUUGCUAGAAAAGAAAAUACCUUUCCUUUAAAAAGGAAAAAGCACAGAAAGGCAAAGCUGAAUCUAUUAUUAGGAUUAGUUAGGGUUAUUAGAAUUAUUAUUAGGAUUAGGAUCCUGGUAUAAGGAUCUUUAAACCUAAAAGCUUUGAAAAAAUGAAGAGUAUUCAAUACAAUAAAAGCAAACAAAGCAUUGUUGUAUAAAUAAUUUAUGGACUAGAGUUGAGCCUAUCAAAUGCAGCCUGAGGAACCAGCACAAGUACAAAUAGGCUUGUACCACUUUAGACCCUUCCCAGCUGUCCCUCCAGUUUCCCAAGUGUUCAGGGAAAAUCUUGGCAUGAUUCUCUAGGCAGCCUAUGUGAUUAAGAACCCUGUGUGAUCAAGAUUCUAAAAUCACUUAGAAGAAGGCCAUAGAGAAUACUAUUCCUCUCCUCAAAAAUAUGAAAAGCAAAACUACAAGGUACCUUUUAUAGUAAGAGAAUUACUUUAAGAUGCCCUUAUCAUUUAUCAAAUGGCAUUUCUUGAAAAAUCACAGAUAACCCUUCACCACAAAACAAGAUUAAAUCCGAUGCAUUAUUUUAGCAACUUCUAAUGUACUGUACUAAAGGGGCUAGAGUUAGGGAAAAUAGAAAAUUACCAGUCACAAUAAAGUUUAGACAAAGUCUUGCAUACAGAAGGGGGUAAGGAACCAAAAGGAGGGGAGAAUUCAAGCCUAGUGAAAAGUUCAACCUAAUAACAUGCAGGUGCAAGAAGAAAAAUGACUACUGAGACAACACCGAUAAGAGAGACACCAGAAAAGAACAAAGGAAGAGAAAAAACGAGGCAAAGUUCAUAGAAAAAACUUGUAUGUGCAUACUCAAAGGUGUUGGCUAUAAAAACUGAACCGCAUUUCAAUUCAGUGUGGCACUUUCGACCCUGCAAGGUGACUUGAUCAAAUAAAUUUGUUGCAACGA